UCAAUUGUGUGUUGCGCUGCUGCUGCUUCUGUUGCUGCUGCCUUCUAUUUCUUUUCCCUUUUUUCGUUUUGUGUCAGUCUGAGUUGAGUUAAACGAGACAGAAGCGAUUUUUGUAGCCUUUUUUUUCACCGUAAAUCGUAAAUUUUAUUCGGGUUUGUGUUUGCCGUUCGAUAAUAAUUGUGUGUUCUAUCGAAAAACUUUAGUCUUAUUCACACGUUUAAUAGAUGUGACUAUAAAUAUAUAUAUAUAGUUUUUGUUUUGCGACGGUGCGCGAUAUUCACGACAUAGAUAAGUGGAGUUCGUUAUUUUGUGUGUGCUGCUAUUGUUGUGUGCCGUGUGUGGUAUUCGAUGCAAAAUCAAGCGAGUUGAACGCACUUGCGUUCAUCAUACGCACGUGCGACAUAUUCCCUAUAUUUCAUUGUUUGUAAAAAUAUAUAGGACUGCGUUUUUACUUCCAAGUAAAUUUUUGUUCGUUCUAAGGUUUUUUUCUUCCUUUGUCGUCUUGUAAAUGUUCGGCUGGUAUCGCGCGUCUUGUGUAAACCCAAGAGAAAUACACUCUUUUUUCCUCUCCCUCUCACUCUCGCUAUCGCUUUCUACUUGGUACGUAAAUAAAUUUCGGUUCGGUUUUGUGUUUAUACUGUUGUGAAUCGAAGUGUUUGUUUGUUUUACCAAACUGGAUAACUGUGAACUGUUUGCAUUUGGUUGCGUCUCGUAAAUCCAUUGCGAGCACGGGAUGCAAACAUCUGGAAGUGAUUAGUCAAAAUCAAGGUGAUUUUUGAGAUUCUCAAGUCAAUGUUCAAAGCGAAUAUUUUGUAUUCCUGCUCACCCACAUUCUUCCCUAUGUCGAAUGCAUACACGGUAGCUAUUUCUAUCGUCGUAUCGAGCAAGUCGAUCGGCAAGCAAAGUCCACUAGUACCGAUGUGUAAGUUCUAUUUGUAACAUUUUCUCUCUUGCAUUAGAUAAGAGAGAACUUUGUGUUUGACAAAAUAUCGAAAAGUCAACAGUUCAAUUUAGUUAUUCGAUAAAACACACAGUGCUUACAACCGACCAAAGAGCACCUAGUGAAGCUGUUGCUGUCGCUGUCACUGCCGCUACCUCUGUUGUUGUUGCCGUUGUAAUAGGAUGCUAAACGAGUUUACGAUGAAACACAGAUAGAUUCUCAUCUUGUCGAUUGCUUGAUUGGCAAAACUUUAAUGGACUCUAAUUCCAUUAUUAUGCUCGAUACUGAAUCGAAUAAAAUAUGCAAACGGCCGGAUGCUGAUAGUGUGUUUGCAUUUAUCACAUGAAAUUUUUUUGCGAAAAAAGACACGAAAAAAACAACAACAACUCUUUUCAAUCAGUUGAAUAACGUGAUUACAAUCGAGUCAAUUGAAUUGUGCAUAGUGAAUGAGCGGCUCUUUCGAGCGCUCUCAAUUUAGCAUCGAGUGAUCGAACUCACGCGAGCUCCCGCGCACGCUCAUAUUUGUCUAUGACAAUCGGCGAGAGAAACAAUGAUUUCAACAAGGAAAUGUGUCUAAAGAUAGAGUGAAGCAUCUAGACAUCGAGACAAAAAUCAAAACUAAUUAUUAUUUUUGUCGUAUUCAUUUGAAUUGCUUUCGUUUUGUUUUUGUUUUGCUGUCCAUUUUCAUUAUCUGUCUUUCAAGCGCUCAUUCAUUCAAUUGUUAGUGUGAGCACAUGUGAUCGUUGACCGUGGCAUUAGAAGGUUUAGUAUUUCGGUUUGAAAUGAAUCGCGUACAAAAUGUAUUUUGGUCACCACACGGAUACCCCUUGUGUUCAAUUUAUAUAUGCGUUACAUUGUAAAGCCAAAUAUAUCGCUGAUAUGUUCGCGUUCAUUGUAUUCGGAAAAUGAAUUCGUACAGAACUGUGUACGAUGAAUUGCUUACAUUUUAUGCAGAGCUUGCGUCCCUACUCUUUCGCACACUUUCGUUCUCUCCCUCUUGCAACUGCUCCGUUCUAUCCAUUUCUCUCAGCAGGUUUUAUACGUUUAUACGUAGCUGAAUUUGAGCGUUUGGCAAAAUGUCGAAUAUUUUCGCUUCGUUUGUUCGAUCGUUUUGAUUCAUUUCGCGUGAGAUGCCUUCAAGACUUUUGACAAUAAGUCAAAAAUGCAAAUAGCAUGCAUUCCCUGUGAAACAUUUCAUUCCGUCGACAACGGUACGUGCUGUUUUAUGCAACAACAUUGAUCAGAUGUUUCAAUGUUGUGUGAAUACUUUUCCGCUGACAAACUGAUUGACACAUAUUCAAUUCUGGCAAAUAUGCGAAAUGACAGCAGCGAUUCAUCCAAUUUUAAUUAUUCGAUCAAAUUUAAUGUUGACACCAACAAGUCUACCCUUUCCUUUCUUUUUCAAAAUGUAAUAUUUAAUACCAUACCAUAUUGUUCAACUAUGUUAUUCUAGUCUUUUCAUUGAUUUCUGUAGCUCAUAUCUCACAUUGUCCAGCUGUUAAAUCCUAACGCCCGAAGAGUAUAGUCAUUCCGAAGCUCGGUAAUUGCAUUCAAUAUCUAUGCAUCAGAUGGAACAAUACUAUCAUUUUGUACGGCUGAAUACAGUUUAAGAAAAUGAGCAUCAAUUUAUGGUGUGCGAAAGACAGAGACCGAGACCGAGAACACGUUAAAUAUUUGAUUAUAUCAGCUGUUGCACUUUGUGGCAAUGCCAUGCACAAAAUUCAAUACACAUCUCAUGUGAAUGGAUUUUCUAGUGAAUGCACUCGAAUUUGUCAAUGACAUGAAAAUCCGUUUGAUCUUUACCACACCAAGAGCAAAAGACUGAGCGUAUCUGUGUGCAAAAGAGAUAGAAAUAGAGCCAUGGUAUACGGAGUGAAUGGUGUAAAGCUUCAUAAUUAUAGCUUUUAAUGCUCCAUACAACUGUCAAUCAAUGUAUCCAUAAAGCGAUACUCUCUGUCCACAAUCUUUACGAAGAGUUUUCCACAAUUUCGCAAAAUGGAAGAGGUUGAAUUGAGUGCAUGCAUUCGACAUAAUACUCUGAAAUCGGUGUUUAAAUGGAAAAGCGCCAACAUAUGGAUGAACAACAUGGUUUUACGACCAUUUUUUAAUGGCCUGUGAUAAUAAAAACAUGUGCGUCGAGACUAAAUUUUGAAACUAUCCAAAUGACAAAUACGUCUUUGAAAUUGUUACUGAUGUACUGAAUUGAUAGGGUCGAAUGUUCUUCGAGAUGAAGAUAGUUCAUCUAGUGACAUCACAAUCUGGUUUCAUCGAUAAAAAAAAAAUAUGAACUCGAAAUCGUAUCGACACUUGAACACCAACGAACUUUGACCAUUGAAUUUUCACGCGAUUGUUUUUUUUUUCUGAAUGACUCAUGACAUUUGAAUCGAACUCUUUGUUUUCUGCAUUCGAAUGUGAGAAGCGCACAGCGGCGAUGGCAUCACAUAUUCUUAUUCACCAACAAUGGAAAUCAACAUCAGAACAUUACAUUUUAAGUGCUCGAAAAUUUAAUUUCAUCUUGAAUAAUUUCGCGUCUAACCUUUCAAACGUCAAUUUCCAUUGGACCAGAUGUGAGGGGAAGAAGAUGAAAAAAAAAAAACUGUUCUUCUUAAUCAUUCAUGACAUUUGUUGAAAACAUUUCUGCUCAUAUCGUUUGACUGAAAACUAUUCCACUGUGUAGAACAAAAAAGAUUCCACCGUAUUGUUGAGAGCGAGUGGAUUUUUUUUUCGAAUGCAAUUGGUGCUAAUCGCUGGUUAAUCAAUGUUCGAAUUGCCAUCUAAAUUAGUCAAUCAUCAAAUCAAUUACAUACGAACUGUAUCACAACAAUGUGUUUGCAAUGGUGUAUAUGAUUUCGCACGCGCCUUUGAUUAUUAUAGGAAGAGCACUCGCGUCCAAAAUGAUACACACGUUCAGUUUGUUCAACAAAUAAACAUCCGAAAUGACGGUGACAAUAGCCACGCAAACAAAUAGAACAAAUUGUUUGAACAUCUUUUAGCGCAUCACAGAGAGUGCGAGAGAGAGAGAGAGAGCGAGAGAUUCAAUUAAUAUAUGUAACAUAUUCAAAACCAGACAUUGAUCGGUAUUUUUAGCUGACGAUACAAGAAAUAUAUAUAAAAAAAAGGCAAUUGACAUUUUUAGUGCGAAGUGAUUUAUUUUUAAAACGUCAACACAUCACAAAGAUAACCUCGCAAAACAUGGAACUAUAAAAUUAGUACUAAUUUGCGAAAGAAAAACAUUUCAAAAAUAAUAAUUUGUCAGCUGAUUAUCACGCCACCCGUGGGCAUGCCCGUGUGGACUUGUUGAAUGUUCUUUUAAUCAAUCAACCACCGAAAAUACAAAUAAAAUCGUGUGCACAAUUGCAAAACACAAAUGAAUUUCGCUGGCGAAAACGAUGACUUAACGGACGGGGAGCUUUAAAGCCGAAUCGAUUACAUAAUUUUGGUGAUGUUCGCUAGAUGAUAAACCAAAAAAAAAAAAAAAAAUAACAACAACAAAACAAGUGAAAGUUCAUUGAAAAUUGACUCUAUUUGAAGUAGUGAGAGAACGAGAAAUAAAUAAAUAAUAAAUUAAAACAAAUAAACUCGCGCAUCAAACAUGUCACAAUCGACAUCCGGUGGCUAUCAACAGAAUCAAAGUGGCAAUCGUCCGCUAUCGCGACGACUUCGUAAAAUCAGCCGGACUGACAGCGAAGUGGCAUGCGAGGAAGCUGCUCGAUUAACGGCUGAUAUUCAAGAUGAAAAUACUCCUGAUGAUGAUGAAGAAAUGGGUGAUUACCAUGACAUGCCGCCACCGCCAGACGGAGGCUAUGGGUGGGUCAUUGUGUUCGCAUCGUUCAUGUGUAAUAUGAUCGUUGAUGGUAUAGCGUAUACGUUUGGUGUGUUCCUGAUGGAAUUUGUGAGCUAUUUCGGCGAAGGAAAGGGUAAAGUUGCGUGGGUCGGUAGCUGUUUGAGUGGUGUCUAUCUGAGCGCAGGUCCUGUGGUAUCAGCGCUGGCAAACAAAUACGGUUGUCGUGCGGUUUGCAUAGCUGGAAGUUUAAUAUCGUCGGCGGCGUUUGUGCUUAGUACGUUCAGCACAUCGGUGAACAUGCUGAUGAUAACAUAUGGUAUCAUCGGUGGCUUUGGUUUUGGUUUAAUUUAUUUACCGGCUGUUGUUGCUGUCGGCUACUAUUUCGAAACGAAAAGAUCGCUAGCUACCGGAAUUGCUGUGUGUGGCUCAGGUUUCGGUACAUUUACAUUCGCACCGCUGGCAAACCUGUUGCUUGAGCACUUUGACUGGAAAAAUGCCAAUUUAAUUUUGGCCGGCUUAAUUUUGAACUGCGCAAUUUUCGGUGCUCUCAUGAGACCAUUAACAUAUCCUAAACCCAGUAAAGUGAAGCCGCUGAUGCAACGCAUGUACGAGGAGAAGCGUUUACAAAUGGAGCGUCGUUCGAUCGGUGGAUCGUAUUUUAUGGUUCAAUUGCCGGAUGGAUCAAUGGAGAAACGUAUGAAAAUGCCAAUUAAUAUCGAUCCGGGUGUGCACUCCAGCUUGAAUCUCGAUCAGCUAGCUCAACAAGGUAGUUUGCACCCGGUUGCAACAUUGCCCACCAUUACCGAAGGUCAAAAAGUACAAGAUGGUAAUGCACAAAAUAAUACCGACUCGAAUAGCCAAAGUGAUGCCAAACCUCGUCGCACCGCACGCACUCAUCGUAACUCCGAAUCCGAUGCACCCAUUGAGUUUGGCACUAAGAAUAUCCCAAGAAAUGCUUCUCAACCAGCAUUCACAUCACACCAUCAAGGAUUACCGAAAAAUGGCUCCGUUCCAACAUUCGAUCGCGUACGCAAAACAUCCACCAGUGAACGAUUCAAACCAUCAUUGGCCGCUAUCAAAGCAUCCUCACGCAAUGAUAUGGACAAUGGUGAAGUACGUAAAUCAAAUCAUUUAAGAACGUCGAUCGGUUCAUUUGUUGCAGGCAGUAAAUCACAUAUGUCAACGAGUGACGGCGAUAGUGAAUCGAUGUAUCAAUCACGUAUGUCGUUGACGCCACGUGAGACUGGCAAAAUGGUGCGUCCAUUAUCGCGCAAAGAUAUUUUCUAUUCGGGUUCAGUUACCAAUUUGCGUGAGUAUCAAUCGCAAAAAUCGCUCACCAAUUACCGUAAUUCAGUGAUUUCACUGACCAAAUAUGAGAAAGAUGCGCGAGAUGCACGUGACGGAAUCAGCGAAGUUGAAAAAGGCGAACAAUAUGAUCUCUGUCCAUGCUUAGUGUUACCUGAAUCGUUCAAAUCGGCAAUAAGCACUAUGUUAGAUGUCAGCUUGUUGAAGGACCCGGUUUUCAUGCUAAUCGGUAUUUCAAAUCUGUUCGGGAUGGCUGGUCUAUAUGUGCCAUUCGUAUAUUUAGUCGAUGCAGCCAGCUUGAAUGGUAUUCCAGCUAAUUCAGCAUCGUUUUUGAUAUCAAUCAUUGGUAUAACAAACACAUUUGGUCGUGUUUUUUGCGGUUACAUUGCGGAUUUCCCGCAAGUUGACUCUCUGUUACUCAACAACAUAUGCUUGAUGGUUUCAACGAUAGCCGUUGCUGCAACACCAUUCUGCUCAUCGUACGAGCACUAUGUCAUCAUGUCGAUAUUCUUUGGACUCGCAAUUUCUGGCUACAUUUCGUUGACUUCAAUCAUAUUAGUUGAUUUACUGGGUUUGGACCGACUGACCAAUGCUUUUGGCUUAUUGAUUUUGUUCAGAGGUGCUGCUGCAAUCGUUGGCUCUCCAAUGGCUGGUGCUGUUUACGAUGCAACCAACAGCUAUGACAUCCCAUUCUUCAUGGCCGCCGGAUUCUUUGCCAUUUCAACAGUCACCAGUUUUCUUGCUCCAUCACUCAGACGUUGUACAAAGCCAAAUGAAAUUCCGGUGCACAUGGAACAAUUGACACCGAUCGACGAAGAACCCUCGGAGGAUGAAGCGAAUGAUGAUGAUCAGCCGAUAACAAUGAUUCCAAAAAUAAUGCACACAGCGCCAAGUCCGACAACUGAUAAUCCGCCCACAUCAAAUGUGAAUCCCGAUGAAGCGCCAAAGUAUGGCGGCAACUCAAUACCAUCAGCCACCGAACCGACAAUAUCCGAGGUGACCAUUGAAGAGGAGCACGAACGAAAGCAAUCGAUUCCCAAAGAAAAUUCCAACAAAAAUGGCGAUAAAGGAUUCAAUCAAAUUGAAUCAGUCUUGUAAAUUGUAGAAAAAAAAGAAGAUUUAAACAAAAAAAAAACAGAGAAUCAUUUUGAUAGGAAACAAAGAAGAAAUUAUUAUAAAACUAAAAUACCGUAUUUGGAAUUGUAAUGAAAACAAUUAAAAUUGCUGCCACGAAUAAAUUCAAAGCUAAUUAAAUGCUCGAAAGUGAGACGAAAGCGUUUUGGUUUUUGCUCACUGCCCAAUAGCAGAUUUAGUGUUUGAUUUAUUUGCUCGUGUAGCAACGCGAAGAGAUGUAUAGAAAUGUUGAAAGAGAACGAUAAAAGAAAACGUGCAUAAAAUCUAAGUAGAUUCACAGAAAUAAAUUCACAAAACACACCGCAAAGCUACAUAGAUUUUCACAAAAUACAAAAAAAUAAAAACAAUCGCAUGAAACACAGCUAAAUGAAUGAGAGAAACCAUGCAACAUAUUUAUAAUGGAUUAAAUAUAAAAACAAGAAGAUACAAAAAAAAAACAAA